AGGAUUUAAGAAUGUGAAUCUGAUUCGGACAGCAAGCUUCUUACACUUGUUGCUGUUUUUUAUAAACGAACAUGGUGGUUUUGAAAGUCUUGAAAACAUACGAAACAACAAUGGGAAAUUUUGUACUUGAUGCUCUAAGAACAUCAACUCUGUCAAUACAAACAUCAUUCCAUGAAAUCAAAGUAUCUUUCGGGUCCAUCAAAUCAUUAUUAGUACCCUGGACAAGAUCAAACAGUAACAAUUCCAGCCCUGUCAUCUCGAAAACAAAGUUGCGCGAAGAUAUCAAAGAGUUUGAUGAGUCUAAGGUUGGCGUAAAAGGCCUAGUUGACGCAGGAAUCACAUCGAUUCCACGUAUCUUCUACCAGCCACCUGAGAAUCUAAUUGAUUCGCGCUCUCUCACGCGAACCUUGGAUAUCCCUGUCAUUGACCUGGCUGCGUCUGACAGGGCUAUUGUUGUGAGACAAGUUCAAGAAGCAUCGUCUAAGUUUGGAUUCUUUCAAUUAAUCAAUCAUGGAAUUCCUUUGUGUCGUAUGGAUGAUGUGAUUUUGUCGAUCAAGGCUUUCAAUGAGCUUGAAACAGAGCUGAAAUCGCAGUAUUAUAGUCGUGAAGGAAAUGAGAAGAGAGUACUUUACUAUGGUUCAAGUUUGCAUUUAAAUGAAUUAGAAGGCGCCAGCUGGAACGACACGUUGCUGGUAGCAUUGGGACCGGAGCCAGCAGAAUCAUGUUAUGUUCCGGAGGUAUGCAGGAUGGCGGUGGCUGAGUGGGAUGAAGAGAUGAAGAAACUAGGGGGUGCUUUAUUAGGUUUAAUGAGUGAAGGACUCGGGUUGAAGAGGGAAGCACUAGAGGAGAAGUUGUGCAUGGAUGCUAGAAUCAUGGCUGGAAAUUAUUACCCUCAUUGUCCACAGCCAGAUUUAACUCUGGGCUUAAAAUCGCAUACUGAUCCUUCUAUUUUUACUCUGUUGUUGUCUAAUCAUGUACCUGGCCUCCACGUUAAAGUUGAAGGACAUGAGUGGGCUAAUCUGGUGGCUCAUCCGGGGGCUCUUGUGGUAAACAUUGGUGAUGUUCUUCAGAUUAUUUCAAACGACAAGUACAGAAGUGUUGAACAUCGGGUGUUGGCCAACUCAUUACAAGAACCACGAAUAUCAGUUGCAGUUUUUUUCAACCCAGCUAACGAUGCAGACACUUAUGGACCGUUACCUGAAAUUACAUCACUGGAUGAACCAGCUCGUUAUCGCGACUUUGAUUUACUAGAGUUGAGACAACAAAUGAAAAAGGAAGUGGGUGUCAAAAGUUUGAUUAACAACUGCAGGAUUGGUCCAAAUUUGAAGUGGAGAGAUUGGAAUCCGCUCAGGCUUCUACAGUCUUAUGUAGGUUCUAGUCAGAAUUAGAUAGAUAUUCAGUUUCAUCAAUUUUCAGGACUCGCUGUUCCCUGUAGUUUAUCACAUUUUGAUUCCCGUCACUGGUAA